AUGAUCUCAAGAGUAUCACUCAAUAAAUGUUUUUCAACUUUAUCAAAGUUAAAGUGCAACAACAAUACAUUAUAUAGCACUCGUUUAUUCACAACAGAACCAGAAAAAGUUAACCUUAAACUUACCACAAUUGAAAAUGGUAAAUCCUCAACAGAAGUUGCUGAUUUAGUCGAAAGAAUCUCAAAACUUUCCAUUUUGGACGUUAUGGAUUUAACCCAACAUUUACAAAAAAAAUUAAGUAUUCCAGAUAUUGAUCUUUCCAGUCUCGGUUCAGGUGCCCCAGCAGGUGGAGCUGCCCCAGCUGCCGCUGCUGCACCAGCCGCUGUUGCCAAAACAGAUUUCCAAGUUAGACUCGUUAAAGUACCAGAUGGUGCCAAAUAUAAGAUUAUUAAAGAAUUAAGAGAAGUCAAACCAUCACUCAGUUUAAUGGAAACUAAAGGUCUCGUUGAAAAGAUUCCUUCAGUUAUUGCCGAUAAAGUUUCAAAAGAAGAAGCAGAAAAGAUUAUUGCUAAAUUAAAGGCUUCUGGUGCUGAACUUGAAAUGGCUUAA